GAUAUGGGAGCCAAGAAAAAGCCACAACCACCACUCACUCGCUUACUAAUCAAUUAUAGUGGACAGGCUAGUUGUACUAGCAACUCCAUGAUCUGAGCUUAGAAAUAAACCAAAAUGAAGACCUCUGCAGUUCUGAGAACUAAAUUCUACCCCCCAACUUUCGCCAACCUCUACGACUCAACUGCAAAUCCUUCAUUUUUCAUCCCCAUCAAAACCGCUUCUUGUUUGAAACACCCCACUUCACAUUCAGCUUCAAGAAUUGUUUCCAGCAUUAGACAUACUCUGAGGCACUCUAUAGAAACCUGUCACAUGGACAAGCCCUUGGCUUUAAAAUCUGAAGGAGAGUUUCUUCAAGUUUUGCCGCAUGAGUACUCAAGGUUUCUGUUGAUUGGAGCUGUCUCAGUAGGCUUUGCGUUAUUGUUUAUGGGGUUAGAUGACCAAAAGGCCCUAGCUUUGGGGCCUGAAGGGCCAUUAGUAGAGGAGUUUUGGGAAAAUGUUAGGAGAUACGCACUUUAUGCUCUUACAGUCAGUACUGGUGCUCUGUACACUAUCCUUUUGCCCAUAUUUGAGUUGCUAAAGAAUCCUAUCUCUGCAAUUCUCCUUUUGAUGAUUCUGGGUGGCAGCAUCUUCGUUAUUUCUCAAGUACUUUCAGCCAUGGUUGGUGUCACUGAAUUUAAUUACGAUUAUAGCUAUUAGAUUGAGAGUAUACUUUUGGUUUUUAUAUGCGGAUUUAUUUGAGUUCUUAAUUUUGCGGCUUUUAGCUUAUCUGUACUCUUCACUUAUGGGUAAUUGCCUUAUUUUUCACUUUAUGGAUAUGCUUUUGGUUA